AGCAGCAGCAGAGGAAGGCAGGGACAGGGAGCAAAGCAGCAGAGAUGGAGCUGUACCAGGUGCCCGCAGGCUUGCUGGAUGCCUGGAUCGCGGAGCAUCUCCAGCCCAGCGAGGAAUUCCAGCUGCAGGUGAAAGACACUGUCCGGAGGAUCUGUGAUUUCCUGAAGGAGAAGUGCUUUGAUGACAUCAAGGUGUUCAAGACUGUGAAGGGCGGCUCUGCAGGGAAGGGGACAGCCCUGAAGAACAACUCGGAUGCAGAUCUGGUCCUUUUCCUCAGCUGCUUCACCAGCUACCAAGACCAGAUGGAGAACCGUGCGGCUGUACUCGACACCAUCAAGCAGAAGCUGAACCAGUGCCGACAGACCAUUGCCUUCAGCGUUGACAUGGAGGUUUCCCAGCCGAAGGAGAAGGGCACCUGCCCACGCUCACUCUCCAUCACCAUCCAGUCGAAGAGGCGGGGGGAAUCCAUUGAGGUGGACGUGCUCCCGGCCUACGAUGCCUUAGGGCAGGUGACUCCUGGCAUCAAACCUUCCCCCCAGGUCUACGAGGAUCUGAUUCGGGCCAGAGCCGGGCCCGGUGAGUUCUGCACCUCCUUCACUGAGCUGCAGAGGGACUUCGUGAAGCGUCGCCCAGCCAAGCUCAAGAACCUGCUGCGGCUGGUCAAGCACUGGUACAAAGAGCUUUCCAAGACAACGUCGGGCUUGCCGCCCAAGUAUGCCCUGGAGCUGCUGACCAUCUAUGCCUGGGAGAGCGGCACCAAGGGGGCAGAGAAGUUCAGCAUGGCUGAGGGGUUCCGCACGGUGAUGGAGCUGCUGUGCCGAUACCAAGAGCUCCGCGUCUACUGGACCGAGUUCUACGAUCUCCAGUCUUCCGUGAUAGGGCCCCAUGUCAAACGGCUGCUGCGGGAGCCGUGCCCCGUGAUCCUGGAUCCAGCCGACCCGACGGGAACCUUGGGGCAGGGAAAGAACUGGGACCUGCUGGCAAGAGAAGCCGCCAAGUGCCAGGGCCAGCUGUGCUGUAGGAACGGCCUCGCCCCCAUCCGCUGCUGGGACGUGCAGCCAGCCAGACCCAUGCAGGUGAUGGUCAAGCAGCUGUCAGGGGACAGCCUGGCCCUGUGCCUGAGUCCCUCCACUACCAUAUGGGAGAUUAAGGAGGCGCUCGAGUGUGAAUGGGGCAUCUCUCCUUACACGCAGCGCCUGGCCCUGCAGGAGCCUGGCCUGCAAGACCAGCUGCUGCUGGACGAUCAGACCCUGGCAUCACACAGCAUCUUCUACGACACCACAGUUAUGAUGCUUAGGACCAAGCCCCAGGAGAUGGAGAUCUUUGUGAAGGACCAUAACAGCAGAACCAUCCCCUAUGGCGUCUGCGCCAGUGACACCGUCCUGGACCUGAAGAAGAAGAUCGAGGAUCGCACAGGUGUCUCCGCCAGCCAACAGCGCCUGACGUUCAACAGCAAAGAGCUGCAAGACGACUGCACGCUCGCCCAUUACAGGAUCCGGAGCAAGAGCACGGUCGUCCUGCUUUUGCGCCUCAGGGGUGGGUAAGAUGCUCACUGGGACCUGCACCCUGGCAGAGAGAGCAUCACAGUGGACUAUGUUUCCCAAGAUUCUUUGCAUGAUAAUUCAGGACUUUUUGCUAAUGCCCCCCACAUUCCAGAAUCAGCACCACGUCCUUCUGUAGUGCCAGCCCAUCCCCACGCCUCCUGCUGCACCCCUGGGAGCUCUUUCCCGCCGCUCCGUGGCCCGUUUCGGGAUGUACUGCCUCCAGUGCAGAGCUGGGUGCUGGGCGCCCACCAGACAUUGUUCAUUAGCCCCGUUGUUGUAGUCCUCUUCCUCCUCCUUGUCCUGACUCCACUGCUGUGUGUCACCAUCUCCAUUAUUAUGUCGUGCCAAAUCCCGACCAGUGUGUGCUGCUUGGAAUCCAAAAUAAACAGCUUCCACUCAUA